CAGGAGUGUCCGUCUACGCGCUCGCACGCGUUUCAAUGUUCAACCCCUCGAGUUCUUCUCCAAUUAUUUCACCUCGUCACCUUAACAACCAACUCACAACCCUCUUCUUCCGUCUUUUUCUCGACACCUAAACAUUCCACCUCCCUCGCACUCUCUUUUUUUUAUCUCAAUUCAGAUUGUAACUUGACAUCUGGAUCAUCAAUAAAACUUUCUAGAGAGAUACUUCGUCAAGUUCGUUUGGGCAGUUUGUCAUAAUUUCCCAAGCAACUUCGAUUGAAUCAUUUCUCAACUAACCAUUACCGUAUUCAUCCCAUUGCGCUGCACAAAAAAAGAACCAUCAUCUCACUGCGCAAUUCUUUGUCCCCUUUCUUCACUUAAUUAUCAUCUCGACUUCCAUAAGUAAUCUCACAAAGCUUCGCGCAUCUACUUUCCAAAUAAUCUCGUAGCCAUCAUGUCUUAUCGAAUCGAACUCGCCACCAGCGCCCGUGCUGGUUGCCAAGAUACCGUAUGUAAAUAUGAGCAAGCGAAGAUUCAAAAAGGUGAUCUUCGCUUCGGUAAUUGGGUUGAGGUGCAGGACCAUGGCUCAUACAAAUGGCGACACUGGGGUUGCGUCUCUGGCUUAUCUAUCAGUCAUCUGCAGGAGGCCAUUAGUGACGGCAAGGGCGGUUACCAGUGGGAUAUGAUCGAUGGUUACGAUGAAUUGGACGAUCAUCCUGACAUACAGGAGAAGAUUCGACGCGUCGUCACUCAAGGUCACAUUGACCCUGAGGAUUUCAAGGGCGAUCCCGAAUUCAACAAGCCUGGCCAGAAGGCUAUUCGUGGGCGUGCUAAGAAAUCAAAGAAGGGUGCAGAUGAGGACGAAGAAGAGGGUGAGAAUUCUCCUAAGGCUCCCAAGAAAACCGCCAAGCGUGGUCGCAAGAAGGCCGAUGAUGAUGAGGAAGAAGAAGACGUUAAGCCCGCCAAGAAGAAGGCUAAGGGCGGUCGCAAGGCCAAGAAAGCUGCUGAUGAGGAUGAGGAAGAGCCAGAGGAGCUAGAGGAGGAGGCUGCCCCUGUCAAGACCCCUGCCAAAGCACCAGCCAAGGCAUCUACUAAGGCAUCUACCAAGGCAUCUGCUAAGACUACUGCUAAGAAGACUGGAGGCAAGAAAGCGGCUGAGGCUCCUGCCGAUGAUGCCGUGUCCGGCAGCGACAACGAGGAACAGCUAGAAGAGGAAGUUGUUUCUUCAAAGGCCAAGGCCAAGGCCAAGCCGAAGCCUAAGGCGAAGAGCGCUCCUAAGGCGAAAGCCAAGGCUGCCCCAGUUGAGCAGGACGAGGAAGAGGAGGAGCCUGCACCGAAGCCAGCCCCUAAGGCGAAGGGUAGUCGCAAAGCCAAAGCUAAGGUCGUCGAACCCGAGGAGCCUGAGGAGCCUGAGGAAGCUGAGAAAGAGGAAGAGGCAGAGGUUGAGGCUGCUCCCGCUCCGAAGCGCGGACGCACUCGAGGCCGCCCCAAGAAGGCGUAAAUCACUGGCUCCCACUCGAUAUAACGAAUAUCGACGAUCGGAACGGGUAGUAGUGAUAAUGGCAUGGGCUUUCUUGGGCUUUAUUGCGGUUCAACUUAAGAGGCUGUCCCUAUAGGGUUCAUUGAAAACUCUCAUACUCAUCAUUUACUAUUACAUCGGAAACUGCAGUAGUCCUCUGGCUGAGGGGGCAUCUGCAACAAAUGCGCGCGUGCUUUUUCGUUUAGCAGGUUUGUGAAUCUAUGCGGGGAUAUUGAGAUGAGAGAUUUCCUUUUCUCGCUUUCAUGGUAUCCGUAAUCUCAGGAGGAGUGUGCAGAUGGGAGUUUUGCUGAGAGAGAUACCAAUUGAUGCUUUAGGUCCUUGCUGUUACGCCAAGAUUGGUAUCUGAAUUGUACUUAGCUGCACUUCAUGAUGAAUACAGGACAUGACACGGCCGUGCUAUCGGGACUUAUGAGUGGUGAUCCUGCGAACUGACCCCUGACAGACAUUUGACGCUAAUAAUUGCUAUAUUAGUUAAUUAGUACAUAUGGCUAUUAA